AUGAGCGAUUGCCUUCGGGAAAGCGCGCGUGUAUUGGUGUCCUCCGGCUGCUCCGAAGAAGAUGUGCAGGAAUUUGUAGUCUCGGCUUUCUUGAUGGAUGCCUACCCCCCAGGGAUGCACGGUUUUUCCCCAACCCUCGUCUUUGCCGCACUCUAUGAGAAGCAUUGUAUCGAGAUCUCGAAAGACGGUCCCUCCAACCACCAUUGCGAGAAUAUCUCAACCGGGUUCAAGCAGCAAUUUGUGCAAUUGAACCCCCAUAAUACAUCCGCGACCAUUCGAAAAGAUGUACUUCGUCGCUUCUUUCGCCGAUGGGGUGGUCUUCGCUCCACCACAACCUGCUUUGUAUGCUUGACUCGUCCGCCUGAGCACAUGAUGCCAUGCGAACACGCACUCUGCGACACCUGUGUCGUGAUUUUCGGCAAGUUGAGUUCUCUCGGGGAGUAUCUUUGGGACGUGGCUGAAUGCCCCGUGUGCGACGAAAAGUUCGUCGUUAGCAUACGUCAAUUACCCCCUACCAAGCACCCGGUGAUCCUCAGUCUCGACGGCGGUGGCAUCCGCGGAUUGUACCAGUUGGGGCUUCUGCGAGCAUUAGAGAAGCGCAUUGGCGUACCGAUCGCAGUUCUCCCGGACUUGUGCCUUGGAACUAGUGUCGGCGCAUUGACGGCGAUCGAUAUCUUCUUUAACAACACCUCUGUAGAGGACUGUCUGCGAGCGUUCCCUGAUCUAGCGCGAAGAAUCUUUCGGCGGUCACGGAUCCCGGUUCCUCGCUUCGUUCAGUGGUUCGCGUCUGCGUUCAACUUGAUGCUCACCGGCCUCUACGACUCGGCAAAUCUGUCGCAAACCCUAAAGGAGGCGGUCACCCCGGAGCGUCGUAUAUUUGAUGUUGCCACGGCUAGCCCUGCAGGAUGCCGGGUUGCCGUCGUAGCAAGUCGCACAUCCGACGGAAAGGCCUGCGUGUUGGCAAAUUACCGAGGCACCGGCCAGCGCAAUGCAAAUGCCGCCUACCAGUUCUUGAUUCCCAACAGCAGUCAAGAAAAUCCUUCCUUGUCGGAUGUAGCCAUGUGCAGUGUUGCGGCUCCCUUCUACUUCCAGACAAGACGCCUGCCAGGUUUCGUCCCUUUGCAGGACGGCGGGGUCCGCGCGAACAAUCCGCUUGCCAUUGCGUUAAGGGAGUCGAGCAUCAUUUGGCCCAGUUCGAAACGACACGAUCUCCUAUUAUCGGUAGGAACAGGGGUUUCCACAGCUAGCCCUGAUCAUAACUCACGACAUGGCAAUGCCUGGGAGGGAGCUCUCCCUCGACUAUUCCGCGCCAUGAUGUCCUCCCCUUCUAUGGAUGGACAGCAAGGGUUUUUUGAAGCCCUGAACUACCUACCGCAUCACUCGAAACCAGAUGUAUUCCGACUCGAUCAGGCCAUCCAUGGUCCACUCCCCGAACUAGACGAUAUCAGCGCACUGGAGGAGUUCUCCAAGAUGGAUUUUGUAGUUCCGGAUGAGCUCGUGAGAACCAUUCUCGCGUCAGCAAUGUUCUUCUUCGAAUUAGAUGCAACUCCAGUUCCCAGCCACGUUGGAUACCAUUGCGAAGGGUCCAUCCUUUGCUCACGGCCUGGGGCGGGCGAGAUCCUCGCUCGUGUCUUGAUUGAGAUCCCUGGUGCGAAAUUUCAGGCUGGUCAGGACCGUCCCCUGGGAGAUGUGGAUCCAGCCGACUGCUGCCAAUUUUGUGGAUAUUUCAGAAAACGCGUUGCCUUUCGCGUUGCCAGUCUUGAAGAACGGUUCUCAAUCAAUAUUGCCAACAGUACAUGUUGUGAAAAGAUCGGUGGCUUCCCAAAGUCUACACAGGACUUCCUCGACGAGCAACAAGCGUUUGCUCAUUUUGGCCGGGCAGACCAUCAAACGCCGCAAUGGCCUCCGGCAAGGCACUGCCAGUGCGUCCGCGACACCAAGAGGAAGAUACGCUUCAUCGAACCUGCCUCGGGGCCGAAGCGGAUGCGGUUAUGA